AUGUGGGAUCAAUUAUUCCACGCCGACUGGGUAGGCAUGGCGCUGGCGCUUGCCUACCUAUUGAGCGUGUAUGUUCACCACCCCAUACAUUCCCCUUUGGGCCAAGAGCCUGACUGCGAGUUCUAUCCAGCCAAGAUUGCGAGCCAGGCACCGUGGUUCGGUCCCCAUCUGCAACGCGAUGUCUACCUUAGCCUCCAGCACAUGAGAUCCGAAGGCGGAACAGUCCCCGAGACUGUGUUACGAGCCGCUCUGUUACGACGCGCCACCGAAAACAUCAAUCGUGUCGACAAGCUACGAAGCGCAAAGACCGCUUGCGGCACCCUCCUCCAACGUGGAAGUGUUGGGGAGGAGCUGUUUAUUCGGCUCCAGCAAACGGAGAAGGAGAUGGAGGAGGAAAUCAGAGAUACUGUAAUGGAGGCCAAUGCUUUGGUACCGCAAUGGGGCAAUUUUAUCUUCCAGUCCGCGAGAGAAAUCGCCGCCAACACAUUAUUCCGAACCAAAAUUGGUGAGAUCCAAGCUCGGGCGGAGACAGAGAAGGCAUGGUGGGCAAAGCACCAGAUCAGCGAGGAAAGCCAAGCUCAAAAGACCAAGACGAGGCCGCUGUAUUUCAAUCCCCGAGAGAAGAUGCGGAUCGAUCGAUAA